GUUUUUCUUUCAAUACCCUUAUUUUGCAAUAAUGGCCAAGGCCACAACAAUCAAAGAGGCAAUAAAAAAAUGGGAAGAUAAGACAGGUCUCCAAGCAGCAACGGCUACUGAAGUCAGUUUAAUAUUCCAGUGGCCUCCAAUUGAGAAAAUGGACAAUACGUUAUCCAGUCUUCUGAAUUGCGAAAAGUUAAGUCUCUCUACAAAUACGAUUGAGAAAGUAUCGGGACUCAAUACAUUAAAAAAGUUAAGAAUAUUGUCUCUGGGCAGAAAUUACAUUAAGUCGUUUGCUGGCAUGGAAUGUUUAGGGGACACUCUUGAAGAGUUAUGGAUUUCGUACAAUCUAAUUGAAAAGUUAAAAGGUAUCAACGUACUAAGAAACCUAAAGGUGUUAUACAUGAGCAACAAUUUAGUGAAGGAGUGGAGUGAAUUUAACAAGUUGCAGGAAUUACCACACCUAGAGGAUUUGCUAUUCGUCGGGAACCCGCUAUACGAUGGCUGCGAGUUGGAAGCGUGGCGCUCGGAAGCUGCCAGGCGACUGCCUGGACUGAAGAAACUUGACGGAGAAACUGUCAUAAGAGAGGAUGACCCGCCUUUGACUGUGGCUGAUAUGCAGCCUGACGGUGGGGACGCAGUCGAAACUCUCGUUAGUGCCGAAGCCAAUGAUUGAACCAAUCAAAUAUUAUGACAUUAAAAUUAAAUUUUUAAAAAUAAAUCAUUUCUAUGGCUAAAUUAAUACAUAUUACUUUAGAAAUAAGAAUAAUUUGAUUUUCUGAAUGCACAAUUCAAUAUAGAAAGCUGUUUAUUUUUAAUUAAUGAUAAUAGUAUCAACAUUUAUACUAGAUUAUGUUUAGGUAAAAAAAAAACAUUAAAAUUCAUAGAAAAAAAAAUAUCGUUUAUUUACAAUCUCUUAUAUUUAUUUGUUUAUUGUACAACUUCACAGAAGGCAUCAAUCUUUUAUACAAAACUAAGUAAUUUCUGAACUGUGGAAUUGCUGAGCAAAUCAACUAUUAUAUACACAAAACGUUUUAAAACUUAUCAGUCGGUACUUGAUUCUAAAUGGAAUCGAAAUUACGACGGUACGAGCCGAGGUUCGAACCCCUAGCGGUGUCUUCAGACUGGCGUCAUAUCCGUCAGGCGGGGGUUGUCCUCCAGCCGCUCCAUAAGUCCUUCCUUUCGUUUGAAGUGCCACCUGCACUCGCCCCUUAUUGUCUUGUGAAGCUGUAAAGGCCAGCUGCGGCCAACAUUAUUAAAGUAAUCAGGAAAAAACAAAAAUCUAGGUAACUAUGUCCCAUACAUAUAUGAUGCAUGGGGUACCCUAAACAAAUGUUUAUAUCCUUCGAGGCUUUGUCCUUCAGCCGCUCCAGAAGUCCUUCCUUUGGUUUGGAGUGCCAUCGGCACUCGUCGUCUCUUUUUUGUAAUUAUAUUAUUUAUUUAUUUGUACAAUAUCUGUAAGGUUGGCACAUCACUAAUGUCAGUAACGUCAAUUGACGUGAAUCUGUCUUGACACACUAAUGUCAGUGUUUGACGUGCAUCUGUUAGGUCGAUGUCAUGUUAGGCAUUAUUGGCUCACGCCGCUUAUGGGAGAAUCACUAGAAUUAUGUACAAUAC